CUAAUGAUUUAAAUAGAACAACAACAGCAGCAGCAUCACGCUCUCUAGCUCUUUUCUCUAAACCCUAGACGCCAUUUCUCAUCACUCUCAAUCCUAGGGUUUAGAAUCACUUAAUUAUAUUAAAACAAACAAAAUCAAUCUCGAUUCUUGAAUUUUACAAUUUUGUUUUAAUUGAUUACGAUUAUGGAUCUUCAAAGUUUGGCGAUUACUCUCCAAGCUGCUCUUAGCCCUAAUCCUGAUGAACGCAAAGCAGCCGAGCAAAAUCUCAAUCAGUGUCAGAUUGCUCCUCAGCAUCUAGUGAGGCUGCUGCAGAUAAUUGUGGAUAAUAAUUGCGACAUGGCGGUUCGCCAAGUUGCUAGUAUUCAUUUUAAGAAUUUUAUUGCUAAAUAUUGGGCACCUAAUGAGCCUGAUGAGAAAUUAAAGAUAUUACAAAGUGAUAAAGAAAUGGUGAGAGAUCAUAUCCUGUUGUUUGUUGUGCAAGUUCCUCCUCUAUUGAGGGUACAGUUGGGUGAGUGCAUCAAGACAAUUGUUAACUCUGAUUACCCUGAGCAGUGGCCUCAUCUUCUUGACUGGAUCAAACUUAAUUUACAAGAUCAACAAGUUUAUGGAGCUCUGUUUGUUUUGCGGAUACUUUCUCGAAAAUAUGAGUACUGGUUCAAGUCAGAUGAGGAAAGGGCACCUGUUUAUCGAAUUGUUGAAGAGACAUUUCCUCAUCUUCUCAACAUUUUUAACAGGCUAGUCCAGAUUGCAAAUCCGUCUUUGGAAGUUGCAGAUUUGAUCAAGCUUAUUUGUAAAAUAUUCUGGUCAUCUAUAUAUUUGGAGGUACCAAAGCAGCUUUUUGAUCCUAAUGUCUUCAACACCUGGAUGGUUCUUUUCUUGAAUGUUUUGGAGAGGCCUGUACCUAUGGAGGGUCAGCCUGUGGAUCCUGAGCUCAGGAAGUCAUGGGGGUGGUGGAAGGUGAAGAAAUGGACAGUGCAUAUUUUGAACAGGCUGUAUACUCGGUUUGGAGAUUUAAAACUUCAGAAUCAAGAUAACAGAGCUUUUGCCCAAAUGUUUCAGAAGAAUUAUGCAGGAAAGAUUUUGGAGUGCCACUUGAAUUUGUUGAAUGUGAUACGGCUUGGUGGUUAUUUGCCAGACAGAGUUAUGAAUCUCAUUCUUCAGUAUUUAAGCAACAGUAUAUCAAAGAAUAGCAUGUAUACUCUUCUGCAACCGCGGCUUGAUGUUCUUCUUUUUGAGAUAGUUUUCCCUCUUAUGUGCUUCAAUGACAAUGAUCAAAAGCUUUGGGAGGAGGACCCUCAUGAAUAUGUGAGGAAGGGAUAUGAUAUCAUUGAGGAUUUAUACAGUCCAAGGACUGCUUCAAUGGAUUUUGUCAGUGAAUUGGUUAGAAAACGUGCAAAAGACAAUCUUCAUAAGUUUAUCCAAUUCAUUGUAGAAAUUUUUAAAAGGUAUGAUGAAGCACCAGUAGAAUAUAAACCCUAUCGACAAAAAGAUGGUGCUCUCCUUGCUAUAGGAGCACUUUGUGACAAGCUGAAACAAACUGAACCCUACAAAUCUGAACUGGAGCAUAUGUUAGUGCAACAUGUUUUCCCUGAGUUUAGCAGCCCUGCUGGUCAUCUUAGAGCAAAGGCUGCGUGGGUUGCAGGGCAAUAUGCCCACAUUAACUUCUCCGACCAAAACAAUUUCCGCAAAGCCUUGCAUAGCGUUGUUUCUGGGUUGCGUGAUCCAGAGCUUCCUGUUCGUGUUGAUUCAGUUUUUGCUUUGCGGAGCUUUAUUGAAGCUUGCAAAGAUUUGAAUGAACUUCGCCCUAUUCUUCCUCAACUACUUGAUGAGUUUUUUAAACUAAUGAAUGAGGUGGAGAAUGAGGACCUGGUAUUUACUUUGGAAACAAUAGUGGAUAAAUUUGGCGAGGAGAUGGCACCUUAUGCUCUAGGGUUAUGCCAAAAUUUGGCAGCUGCUUUUUGGAGGUGUAUGAACACUGCAGAAGCUGAUGAUGAAGCUGAUGAUACCGGUGCUUUGGCAGCAGUUGGUUGUUUACGUGCUAUCAGUACAAUUCUUGAAUCUGUUAGCAGGCUUCCUCACCUUUUUGUCCAGAUUGAGCCUACUUUGCUUCCUAUAAUGCGUAGAAUGUUGACAACUGAUGGUCAAGAGGUGUUUGAAGAAGUUCUGGAAAUUGUUUCAUACAUGACCUUCUUCUCUCCAACAAUAUCUCUCGAAAUGUGGACUCUCUGGCCUCUGAUGAUGGAAGCAUUGGCAGAGUGGGCAAUUGAUUUCUUUUCAAAUAUUCUGGUUCCCUUGGACAACUACAUAUCUAGGGGAACUGCUCACUUCCUGACAUGCAAGGAUCCAGAUUACCAACAAAGUCUUUGGAAGAUGAUUUCAUCUAUUUUGGUAGAUCCAAAUUUUGAGGACAAUGACAUAGAACCUGCUCCAAAACUGAUCGAGGUGGUUUUCCAGAAUUGUAGAGGCCAGGUGGAUCAGUGGGUUGAGCCAUAUCUGAGAAUCACGGUUGAGAGGUUAAAUAGAACGGAGAAAUCAUACUUGAAAUGUCUUCUCAUUCAAGUGAUUGCAAAUGCCCUUUACUACAAUCCAGCUAUGACGCUAAGCAUACUGCAAAAGCUUGGUGUUGCUACUGAGAUAUUUAACCUUUGGUUCCAGAUGCUGCAACAAGUGAAGAAAAGUGGUGUACGGGCCAAUUUUAGAAGGGAUCAUCACAAGAAAGUUUGUUGCUUGGGGCUGACAUCAGUACUCUCCCUUCCUGCUAAUCAACUACCAGGAGAGGCUUUGGAUCGUGUUUUCAAGACCACUCUUGAUCUUCUAGUUGCAUACAAGGAUCAAGUUGCAGAAGCUGCAAAGGAAGAAGAAGAAGAAGAAGCUGAAGACGACGAUGAUAUGGAUGGUUUCCAAACUGAUGAUGACGAGGAUGCUGAUGGGUCUGACAAGGACAUGGGAGUUGAUGGUGAGGAUGGUGAUGAAGCAGACAGCAUUAAGCUUCAAAAACUAGCAGCGCAGGCAAAGUCUUUCCGUCCACAUGAUGACGAUGAUGAUGACUCAGAUGAUGACUACAGCGAUGAUGAGGAGCUGCAAUCACCGAUUGAUGAAGUGGACCCUUUCAUUUUCUUUGUGGAUACUGUCAAAGUGUUGCAAGCAUCAGAUCCAUUGAGGUUCCAGACUCUUACACAGGCUCUGGACUUCCAUCACCAAGCGCUUGCUAAUGGCGUUGCCCAGCAUGCUGAAAUAAGAAGAGUAGAGAUUGAAAAGGAAAGAUUGGAAAAGGCAUCGGCUACUGCUGCUUCAUAGAUACAACUCAAGUAUGCAUUUGCUUUGAUAUCCCAUUCAUUUAGAAACGUAUUAGAAGGAAUGAGAGUCUGUCAAUAUCAGUCAGUCCUUUUGAAGCUUUUGGUUGGUUCAAAGGUCAUGAGAGGUCAGUACCACCAGUUGGCGUAUUGGUUCAUUACCGUGGUGCAUUCCGAAGUUCCCAAUUGCUCAGCAGGCUCCGUGUAUGAGGGAACAUUGGUUUUGGGUUAUUUGAUGGUCUGGCCAAUUCUAUGUCAGAAGAGGUCCGUCUCAUAGUGCUUGUGUUGUCAUGUUGCUUUUGAAAAUAUGUAUAUUUUUUGGGGUCUCUUAUUUGAGUCACCAUUCCCCUAAACACUAUUGCAGAGGAGGGCUUAUGAUCCGCCCUUGGACUUUUUUUUACAUUGUCCUUCUUCAUGUUUGAAAUCAAGGAGAGGUUCAAGCUGCAUGUUGAGAAUCAUUUGGGGUGGAAGAAUGGGUGCAAUGAUAAAUUUUGGUAAGUUGUAGCAAAUAUUCUUUAUUCUCUCUCAAUUUUGUAUGAGUAUAGUAAUGGGUUACCACAGUGAGAGCUUCCAAGGGUUGCUUUGCCUCAGAUUGUACAACAUUCAGCAUUCAUUUUAUUAUGAAAGGCAGGAAUUGGUUUGUAUUUCAA